GGAGGAUGGUCUGCUGGAACCUAUAAUCAGGAUCAGUGGCUUCAGGUUGAGUUUCCAAAGAUCAAUGUAGUAACAGAGGUCAUAACACAGGGAUCUAAUAGAAGAAAUGGAAGGGUUACAUCUUACAGGGUUUUAUCAAGCAUGGAUGGUGUAAAAUGGAUUGAACGAGGUCAAUUUUCAGAAAUACCAUUUAGCGGUGAUGCGAACACAAAACUAUACAACAAGUUCACUGAAAGAUUUAUUGCAAAAUACGUUCGUAUAAACCCAUUAACAUGGAGCGGCGAUGUUGAAGUCAGAGUUGGCUAUCUUGGAUGCGAUUAUAGCAAAUACAUUAACUUGAACGAAAGUUUCGAUAACACAUUUCCACCCAUAGUGCUCAACCGUAUCAUUGAUAACGAUUUCAACACUUGCAUGAACAUUCCU